GCCCCUCUUGUCGGGUUACGUCGAUUCAGAUUAGUUUCCGGAAGAGGAUCACGUAUAGACAACUGACGCUGUUGGUCUUUCUUUUCUUUUUGUUUCCUUCUCGAUAAGCAGCUCACUGGUCGACUGCUGUUUUCUUUUUGGUUUGCUUUCUCUUCUCCCCUUGGUGUAGGAACUUCAUUUGUCACUCUCCAGACAGGCCAAAAGCAGAGAAACCGUCCAAGAUGGCGUUGCCGAAGAGAAUCAUCAAGGAAACUGAGCGCUUGAUGGCGGAGCCGGUUCCCGGCAUCAACGCUGUCCCGCAUGAAGACAACUUGCGCUACUUCGAUGUCUCGAUCCACGGACCUGCACAGUCGCCGUACGAAGGUGGCAUCUUCCGUCUCGAACUGUUUUUGCCCGAGGACUACCCCAUGACUCCCCCGAAGAUCCGCUUCUUGACGAAGAUCUACCACCCCAACAUCGACCGGCUGGGACGGAUCUGCUUGGACGUGCUCAAGAACAACUGGUCCCCCGCUUUACAAAUCCGCACGAUCCUACUUUCAAUCCAGGCCUUGCUGGGUGCCCCGAACCCCGACGACCCGCUCGCCAACGACGUCGCCCAACGCUGGAAGGAGGAUGAGCCGGCUGCCAUACAGACCGCGAAAGAGUGGACUAGAACCCACGCCAUGACUUAGAUGCAUGCCGUUCAACUCUUGGGAACGGGGGAGAAGAGAGAAAGAAAAUAAGCUUCGGUGGUAGCCUCUUCCCCAGGUUGCCUGCCAUUGAGACGAACCCGGUAGGCGCAACAAAACGUCUGUGACGUGAACCAUGAGACCUCAAAAGAAGAAACAACAGAGAAGAAAAGUGCCUCUCGUUCUUUUUUUCCUUAAGAUCCCUAUAGUAUUCUUCCCGCGUCAGUCUUUACAACU